GGGAGCCCAGAUAUAGUGAAUGCAGGGUCCGGGGAGACCAGAUAUAGUGAAUGCAGGGUCCGGGGAGACCAGAUAUAGUGAAUGCAGGGUCCGGGGAGAGCGGAUAUAGUGAAUGCGGGGUCCGGGGAGAGCGGAUAUAGUGAAUGCGGAGUCCGGGGAGAACCAGAUAUAGUGAAUGCAGGGUCCAAGGAAAGCGGAUAUAGUGAAUGCAGGGUCCGGGGGAGACCGGAUAUAGUGAAUGCGGGGUCCGGGGAGAGUGGAUAUAGUGAAUGCAGGGUCCGGGGAGAGCGGAUAUAGUGAAUGCGGGGUCCGGG